AUGGAAGGGUACUUGCUAAAGUGGACAAACUACAUUUUUGGCUGGCAGCGCCGAUAUUUUAUUCUCUAUAAUGGCGUUCUUCAUUACUGCAAAGACAAAGGUUCCCCUCAAAGAGGAAUAAUCCAUCUUGAAAUAGCUCACAUUCAUAAGCAUCCUUUAAAACCCUGUCGAUUUUUCAUAGACACUGGAUGCACCCAAGUUCAUUUAAAAGCAUACACCCCAGGAGAAGCUGCUGACUGAAUUCGCGCUUUAAAAUUAAAUCAAACUGAUGUCAAGAAGCGGACAAUGAGUGAAGACCCAAGAGCAAGCGUAAACACAGUUGAAAACUCCCCAAACCAAGUUAUUCAUGGAAAAAUAGGCGAGAUGUGAAGUGUUCACGCACAAAUGCAAGCGACUAUAGACUUAAUUCCUAGUUCCCUAAUAAAAACUACCCCGGGAAUAGAAAAGAUUGUUUCUCUAUGUGAAGAGAUGAAGAUUUUGGCGACUGAAGUGCUGCAGUAUAUUGAUACUGAUGAAGAUUUUAAUAGAAAAAGCAUGUGAAUUACACAAAAAAAAAUCAAAGAAAAAGAUAUUUCUAAUAUCAUAUAAAAGGCUAAUAAAUUUAAUUUUUUAUUAUAAAUGUCAAUAAAUUCAUAGAUUUUUUAAAGAAUAAUAGAAGGAAAACAGUAUAAUUCAAUCGGCUCGGACAAUGAAAUUCAGUCUGAUAAUUCAAUAGAAUUCAUGAAAGAUGAAAGGAAAAAAGUGAUGGCAGGUUAUCCUAAUGAAGACGAAAGCUACUGUUUUGAAGAUGCACAAAGCCAUAUUUCUGAGGACAAAAUAGAGGAAUUUAAACAAAUAGAAGUUAUGAUGCCAAUAGAAAGGCCGAUAACAUCAAGCAUUGCGGUACAUAGAGACAGACUUCCCCACCUACGUGACCCUAAUGAAAAAAUUAAUAUUUGGAAAGUUGUUAAAGAAUCCAUCGGGAAAGAGCUCAGCAAAAUAUCUGUUCCUGUGUAUUUUAAUGAGCCUUUAAGCUUUAUUCAAAGGUGGGCUGAAGAUUUAACGUAUAAUGAAAUUUUGCUUCGAGCUGCUGAUCAUCCAGAUCCUAGGUUUAGACUUGCUUUAGUAUCAAGCUUUGCUGUCACUUCUUAUACGACAAGUGAGUGGCGCACUAUGAAACCUUUCAACCCAUUAUUAGGAGAAACCUUUGAAUAUGAACAAGACGGCUUUAGAUUAUUAUUGGAACAAGUAAGUCACCAUCCUCCCAUUUCUGCUUUGCACUGUGAGCAUGAAAAGUAUGUGUUUUGGGCCAGCGUCCAAGUAAAAACUUCUUUUAAAGGGACGCACCUAUUAGUAGAGCCACAAGCUAACUAUCAUUUAAUAUUGAAACCCUAUAAUGACCAUUUUGUCUGAAAUAAACCCCAAACUCGUGUUCAUAACAUUAUUUUUGGGAAAAUUUGGGUCGAGCAUAAUGGAAUUGUUGAUGUAAAAAACACAGAAACUGGAGAUUUUGCUAAAAUUAACUGAAGAAGGACAGGGUGGUUUUCGAAAAAAGCUACAGAAGUCGAAGGAAAUAUUUAUGAUGCAUAUGGAAAGGAGCAUUACAAGCUAGAAGGAACAUGGAAUGGAGGGAUGGAUGUUGUGAAUAAUCAAACUGGAGAAAUAGUUGAAGCAUGGAGAGCUUAUCCAUUCCCUAAAGAUUUUGAAUGGUGCUAUUUUUUCAGUGAUUUUACUUUACAGCUAAAUCAAGUACCAGAACUAGUGCCUGGAAUUCCAACUACAGAUUCAAGAUAUAGACCAGAUCAAAGAGCAUUGGAAAAUGGAGACUUAAAAUUAGCAAAUUCAGAAAAACAUAGGUUAGAAGAAAAGCAAAGAGCAGCAAGGAAGAUUCUUGAGGAUAAUCAUGACACUUAUUUCCCAAGAUGGUUUACAUUAGAAAACGACGAAUGGAAAUAUAUAGGAGGAUAUUGGGAAUGCAAAGAGCAAGGAUAUUAUCCAAAUAUUCCUGAUAUAUACUAA